AUGAAUGCGCCUGCCGUCCGCUUCUGGACGGAGCAGCUCCUGUUUCGGGGGGCUUUCUCACGGCCAGCCGCCGCCAGCCGCCCCCAGACAUUCACUCGCGCCUUCUCCCACCUCCACCUGCGAGCCCCGCACGCAGUAUCUAAACGCAAUCCCGUCAGUCUCCUCCGCAAUGUGCGUGUACAGGUGAACCCACGCUUCAGGGGCUUGCGCUUCAAGAGCGAUAAACCGCCACACACUCCCGAUCCAACGCCACAUCUUGGCAGCCCCGAGCCCGCACCGUCGCUCUCACAACGUCUGAAGAGGCUCUCCAAACAGUAUGGAUGGUUGGCAGUGGGCGUCUAUCUCGGCCUAUCAGCUGUGGACUUGCCCUUCUGCUACUUGGCCGUGCGGAUGCUGGGUACCGAACGAGUGGGCCAUUACGAACAUGUGGUCGUAGAGGGGGUUAAGUCCCUGGUACGGAUACCGUUUCCCAACCUAUUCCAGGGCUCUCGGGACCUUGAAGGUCCCAUUGCGGAAGAGAUUCGGGAAGCUGCCGAGAGGGAAGAAGCACUCGGACACGACGGAGCCCAGGUCGUGGGGGCGAAUGGAGGUGCUGAAGCAUCGCUCUGGACCCAGUUUGCUCUAGCCUAUGCUGUCCACAAAUCUCUCAUCUUUUUCCGAAUCCCAUUGACCGCAGCCGUUCUUCCCAAAGUCGCAAAGACACUCAGAAAAUGGGGCUGGAACGUUGGCAAACCAAAGCCAACUUAA